UAAUCAAGGCGAGUAAUAAACCGAUUGAUUCAUUUAUGCUUAUUAAUUACUGUGACUACCUGUUUGAUUCACUUUUUAACUGUUUAGAUGAUGAAUCUUAACGUGAUGAUCUGGUGGAAACAACUUCGUUUAUUGUUAAUUAAAAAUUAUAUUUCUCAUAAAAGACAAAAGUUUCGCUUGAUCGUUGAGAUAAUAUGGCCGCUCCUUUUGAUGAGCAUUCUAGUGUGGACACGAACUCGUGGUCUUCGUUAUUUUGUUCCUGAAUGUCACUUUGAUCAAAAGGCGAUGCCAUCCACUGGAAUGGUUGAAUUCAUUAAAAGUACAGUUUGUUCAUUCAACAAUAGGUGUAAUCGACAGGUUGCCCAUGAAAAAUCACCACCGCUUUCAGAAUUAAGAUUAUCAACCGACCAUUCGAAGUUGGACCAAUUGGAAACUAUUCUUAGAACUCGAUUGACUGAUGAGGAUCUAAGUAAUUUCAAAGAACCAGAUUUACAAAUGAUAAGUAAAAUGGUUAACAUUGCGAACGAUGUCAGCAAAAUAGAUCAAUUUGAGUCACUUUCAAGCGACUUAGCUAAUUAUUGGCCUGAUUUUCGUGAUGCUGUUGAUGAUUCAGAUGCAAAUGUUAUGAAAUUUAUACAAUUAUGGUUAUGUGGCCGCGAUGACACUUCGCAAUUACUUAAACAACAGACUGAUGAUUCGGAAGUACAAUUAGAUGGAUUUGGUGACGAGAUGAAAGACCAAAUUAUUCACAAUCGAAAGUCAAGUGCAACCGAUUACAUUUAUGACAAUACAACAACUCCUGAAUGUAAUUCACUUUUUCUGUCACUGGAAAGUGGAAAAAUUACCACUAAAGUCAUUUGGCGACAACUUAAACCUCUCGUUCGCGGGAAGAUAAUUUACUCUCCUAAUCGUGCCUCAAUUAAACGAAUUUUAUCCAGAGUUUUAUAUUAUUUCCAACCGAUUCAAUUGUUUCAUAAUCUUUCAAUCAUAUGGAUUGAUGAGAUUGGUCCAAGACUAAAUGAGAGUCUUAAUGAUGAAUCUUCAUUAAUAAACAACAUAACUAGAUUAAUCUUAUCAAAUGAUAUCCCAUUUGCAACGGAUUUAAUUACUUCAAGGCUCGGUAUUAACUCUGCUGAUGAUCGGGAUAAUGUCGUCUCGUUAUUAGGCCAAUUCAAGAACAUUACCCAAUUUAUAUCUACUGAUGGUCCAUCGAUAUUGCAAACAAUUGACACUUUUCUGCGAAAACUCAAAAUGUACACGGAAUGUAUCGAAUUGGAUAAAUUGGAAGCAUAUGAAAGUGAAGAUGAAAUGGUUCGUCGUGGUGGAGAGUUGAUGAGUGAGAACAAACUUUUUGCUGGAUUAGUUUUCGAAAAUUUCAAUUUAACAACAAAAAGUUCUAAUGAUUCAUCGAAUGAUAUUGAUGAUGAUGUGUUACCACCUUAUGUACGAUACAAGAUUCGUAUGGAUUCGAGCAAAGUUGAUAGUACGAAAAAGAUUGAAGAUCGCAUAUCAACUUCUAGUCCGCGUCGUAGACCUUUGAUCGAUCUAAAAUAUAUCACCUUUGGUUUUGCUUUUCUUCAAGAUCUCAUCGAAAAAUCAAUCAUUCGAGAGCACACAAAUGUAUCAAUAGAUACUGGUAUUUAUCUGCAGCAAUUUCCGAACCCUUGUUACACAUCUGAUCAGUUCAUCAUGGCGAUAUCCCGUUCUUUCCCAUUGUUCAUGGUGCUCUCUUGGAUUUACAAUGCGUCGAUGGUAAUUAAAAGUAUCGUUCACGAGAAAGAAUUACGAUUAAAAGAAGUGAUGAAAGUAAUGGGUCUAAGCAAUAGUGUCCUCUGGUCAUCGUGGUUCAUUGAAUCAUUCUCGUUCUUUACCUUGAGUUCAUUUCUCUUGGUACUGAUUCUUCAUUUCGGAAAAGUUUUAACCUACAGCGAUCCAUUUAUUGUUUAUAUAUUUUUAAUCCUCUAUUCAAUAUCUGUGAUCACUUCAUGUUUUACAAUUAGUACUCUUUUUGGAAAGGCCAAUGUGGCCGCUGCUGGGGGUGGGAUGAUCUUCUUUAUGUCUUAUCUUCCAUAUACAUUUCUUAUUCUUUGGGAGGAACUACUAUUUUCGUACGAAAAAGCUAUCGGGUGUCUCUUUCCUAAUGUAGCCUUUGGAUUCGGAUGUAGUUACUUGGCUCAUUUUGAAGAGGAAGGUGUUGGUAUCCAAUGGUCAAAUAUCGGGUCAAGUCCAAUAGAGAGUGACAAUUUCAACAUGUUGUAUGUUUUCAGCAUGUUAAUUGUUGAUUCAUUUUUAAAUAUUCUAGUAACAGUUUAUAUUGAGGCUGUUUUUCCAGGUCAAUUUGGCGUUCCGAAGCCUUUUUAUUUCUUUCUAACACCUUCUUAUUGGGGUAAAAACAGAGAUCCAAUCCUGAAAGGUGCUUCUUCCCUUGCCGAUGAAAAUGAGAAAAGUGCUUAUAUUGAAGAAGAACCUAAAGAUCUUAAACUUGGAAUCUCAAUUUCGAAAUUAUCAAAAGUUUAUUCCGGUGGUAAAGUCGCUGUUGAUAAUUUAAGUUUAAAUUUCUACGAAGGACAAAUAACAAGUUUCCUUGGUCACAAUGGAGCGGGAAAAACGACCACAAUAUCAAUUCUAACAGGUCUUUUUCCACCCACUUCGGGAACUGCUUGGAUCUAUGGACACGAUAUAACAACAGAAAUGGACACAAUCCGUCAUAGUCUUGGAACUUGUCCCCAAUAUAAUGUUCUAUUUGGCCAUUUAACUGUAGCAGAGCAUCUUUGGUUUUAUGCUUCGUUAAAAGGAGCAGGGCCUGAAGUGCAGAAAGAGAUUGAUGUUCUGAUCGACGAUCUCGGUCUCUCACAUAAACGAGAUGAAUUUUCGACCAAUUUAUCUGGAGGAAUGCAAAGGAAACUCUCAAUCGCCAUUGCGUUUGUCGGAGGCUCUAGAACUGUGAUACUCGACGAACCAACUGCCGGAGUCGAUCCUUACUCACGACGAUCUAUUUGGGAACUUUUGAUAAAAUACAAAGCGGGAAGAACAGUGAUCUUAACAACUCAUCAUAUGGAUGAAGCCGAUCUACUUGGUGAUCGAAUUGCUGUUAUUGGUAAUGGUAAAUUACGAUGUGUUGGAUCGUCGUUAUUCUUAAAAUCGAAAUUCGGAAGUGGUUAUUAUUUGACUUUUGUCACUAAAUCAAAUUCAAAUUCACUACAAUUAUCUCAACAAAAAUCACUGGAUAGCAACAAGCGAGUUAUUUCUAAAGAUGAAAAUGGGUUAAAAUUAAACCACCGUAAUAGUUUAAAAAGUUCUAAUGGUUCUCUCAGCUCUUCUAAAAAAGAAGUCAACUCAAUAAUCACUGAAUUGACUGAAUUCAUUCAGCGAUAUAUUCCUAAUGCUCAAAUGAUCGAAAAGGUUGGAUCUGAAUUAACUUAUCUACUACCAACAAACUCUCAAGAAUCUGGAUCAUUACGAAAUUUACUUCGCGAAUUAGACGAUAAACUUGAGAAUUUAAAUGUUUUGAGCUAUGGAAUCUCAGACACCCCGUUAGAAGAAGUGUUUCUUCGUGUUACAGGGACACUUGAAGAAGAUCUUAAAAAGUCAAGCUCUUUAGAAGAAGCGGUGGAAAGUCUCACUGAUGGAGGAAGAUAUCCUUCUUUGCUUCGAUUGAAUCGUCUCCUUUGUACUAACUUAUUUCGCAGUUGCAAGUCUCCAAGAAACAUUUUGAAUCGCGAUAAAUCACGAGAGAAAAUUGAUUACGUUGAUAUUCCAGGACGAAACGAUUGUAAUAUUCCGAUGAAAGAUCUUAAACCACCUGAGAAAAAUCCACUUACAAGUUAUCGAAUUCAGGGUUGGGAUCUUAAGAAGAGACAAUUUUGGGCAUUGCAAAGAAAAAGGUUCCAUCAUACUCGCCGAAAUUAUCGAUCUUUACUCUGUGAGAUCGUUCUUCCUGCUCUCUUGAUAUGUGUCGCUAUGUUGGCCACCUUAAUUGUACCGCCAAUUAUGGAGGAGCCACAGUUGGAACUGAAACCUUGGUUAUAUGGUCCACCGAAUUAUAUUUUCUUCAAUGAUGAUUCGUUAGGAAAACAACCUGUUAGAAAGUAUAUUGAUGAAUUGACUGGUGAUCCAGGAAUCGGAACUAAAUGUGUCCAAGGAAUACCAGAAGAAUAUCGUAAACUAAAACCUCAAUUUAAUUCAUUCACGCCAGUCAAACGAUCUCAAUGGUCUGAAAGUUGCGAUACUGAGGUUACAGAUCGUAAUUUGACUUCACCCUACAACUUAACUGUAGUUAAUCAAUACCAAGAAUGUGAUUGCUCUUCGGGAACACAAGAAUGUCCUGAACCUGUGAUUGGAUUCGAACCACCUUCAACUCCAAUCAUCUCAGGAGAUAUUCUUUACAAUGCCACAGGACGAAACAUCUCUGAUUGGUUAGUGAAAACAAGUAAACAGUAUUACAAGAAAAGAUAUGGUGGUUAUUCAUUUGGUUACAGUAGUUCCAUAGGUUCAUUCAAUUAUACUUCCAUUGAGAGAUUAUUUUUUUACCUUCUUGAUUUGGCCCAAGUAACAGAUAACCGAGAAAAUAUCGAGCGUACAAUCACUAACUUGACCUCUACCCUCGAGCGAGCCGAGCUUUGGAACAAUGUUAAGGUUUGGUUUAAUAACAAGGGUUGGGCCGCUUCGGUUUCGUAUUUGAAUGCGAUCAACAAUGUGAUUCUUAGAGCAAAUUUACCAGAAAAUGUAGAUAAACGAUUUUAUGGAAUAACGGUGAUUAAUCAUCCAAUGAACUUCACCAAGAAUCAAUUGCAGUUCGAAAUAGGUGAUCAGGCUCGUAUUCCACUUUUACAUGCAAUCACAAUUUUAUUCGCAAUGUCAUUUGUACCAGCGAGUUUUGUUCUCUACUUGAUUGAGGAUCGAGCCAGUGGAUCGAAGCAUCUUCAGUUCGUGAGUGGUGUCAAUCCAAAUGUCUAUUGGAUUUCCACCUUCAUUUGGGAUAUGCUUAACUAUUUGAUCACAACGUUUCUCUGUCUACUUAUCUUCAUAGCAUUUAAUGCAGAAGCUUAUAUUAAAUUCCCAAAUAUCUAUGCGUUCAUUUUUCUUCUAAUUCUCUAUGGAUUCGCUUCAAUUCCACUCAUGUAUCCGACUAUUUAUCUUUUUCAAGUACCAAGUUCAGCUUUCGUUGUUUUAUCUUCGAUCAAUCUUUUUGUUGGAACUUUUACCACGAUUUCUACAUUUGUUCUUCAAUCAUUCGACGACGAAAAACUUCAAAGUAUUGGAAAUAUUUUACAAAAAGUUUUUCUGAUUUUUCCUCAAUACUGUUUGGGACGAGUACUCGAUAUGUCCGCUAAUCAUGUGGCAGGUCAAACCUUUGCUCAGUUCGGUGUAUCAUAUGAAAAGAAUCCAUUUGAGUUCACCUUCGUUGGCCGUAAUAUGUUAGCUCUUUUUAUCGAAGGAAUCAUAUUUUUAAAGAUAGUUCUAUGGGUCGAAUCGGGAGCUGUUAUGAGGAGAGCAAAAGAAAUUGAAUCCACUUAUGUAGAUCAGGAUGAAGAUGGCGAUGUUGCAGCUGAAAGACAAUGGAUUAUGUCCGGCAAUGCCAAACAAGCGGCUAUUCGCGUAGAAAAUUUAACGAAGAUCUUCAAGAAUAGACGGAUUCCCGCGGUAAAUAAGCUUUGGAUGUCCGUUGCUCCGGGCGAGUGUUUUGGUCUAUUGGGUGUCAAUGGUGCAGGGAAAACAUCCACGUUUAAAAUGUUGACCGGAGAAAUAAAGAUCUCAUCGGGUGAGGCUUUUAUCGCUGGAUUCAGGGUGAAAAAUGAAUUGACCAAAGCUCGUCAACAUAUCGGUUAUUGUCCACAAUUUGACGCUCUUGAUCCUUUUCUAACUGGUUGGGAACAUCUUGAACUUUAUUCUAGAUUACGAGGAAUCCCGGAAGAAAAGAUUAAAAAAGUAGUUCGUUGGUCCAUCAAGAAACUUGGACUCUACGAAUACAGUAAUGUUGUUGCUGGUUCAUAUUCGGGAGGGAAUAAGAGGAAAUUGUCCACUGCAAUUGCUCUGGUUGGUCAACCAUCAGUUGUUUUCCUCGAUGAACCAACAACCGGAAUGGAUCCGAAGGCUCGACGUUUCCUUUGGAAUUGUAUAAUCGACAUUGUAAAAGAUAAAUGUGCCGUCGUGUUAACUUCUCAUUCCAUGGAGGAAUGUGAAGCUCUUUGUACUCGAUUGGCUGUAAUGGUGAACGGACGAUUCCGAUGUUUAGGUAGCACUCAACAUUUAAAGAAUAAAUUUGGUGAAGGUUAUAUGGUAACUCUUCGAGUGGGUCGAGGGGAGGAAUGCAAGGGAGCAGCUCAAUCGUUCAUUGAUGGUGCUUUCGGUGGUGAAGCUUCAUUGAAGGAAGUUCAUCUCAAUCAAAUGGAAUAUCAAAUUGGAUCAAAGAUUAGAAUCUCAUCCAUUUUCUCUGAACUCGAAAAGUCAAAGAAUCUCGGAAUAGUCAGCGAUUAUUCAGUUACUCAAACAACAUUAGAUCAAGUUUUUAUCCGAUUUGCUCGAAAUCAAAAAGAUCAAGUGAAACAAUCAAAAUCUCAAUCAAUCUAAUUUAUUUAAAACUCAUCAUAUUUUCAAUUUAUUUUAACAAUAAACAUUCAUUCUAUGCAACGAGUUUUACAUCUGA